AUGGCUCUCUUCAGCUCCCCUUUGAACAAACGGCAAUUCACGUAUGGUUCAACUCCAGUUCGCGGCGUCAACAUUGGUGGCUGGCUAGUCCUCGAACCCUGGAUAACGCCAUCGAUAUUCCAACAAUUCGGAGGCAGUGUGGUCGAUGAGUAUACUCUAUGUCAACAAGCACCAAAUGCUGGCGACAUUCUUCGCAGCCACUGGGACAGUUGGGUCUCUUUGAGCGACUUUCAGAAGAUCGCAGCAAAUGGUUUCAACACAGUUCGGAUCCCGAUAGGGUACUGGGCGUUCCAGAAGUACGAAGGGGAUCCGUACAUCCAAGGGGCGGCAGACUACCUCGAGACUGCCAUUGGCUGGGCUCGUCAGACCGGCCUGAAGGUUUGGAUCGACCUACACGGUGCGCCUCUUUCGCAAAAUGGGCAAGAUAAUUCAGGUCAACGUACCUCGACGCCCGGCUGGACAACAGGCGAUUCGAUUAGUGCAACGCUCAGCGUCAUCAGCCAAAUAUCCCAGCAAUAUGCAAGCUCGGCAUAUGCCGACGUGAUAUCAGGCAUUGAACUUGUAAACGAACCGUUAAUGAGCGCCCUGCCCGGCGGACGGGGCGCCACACAGAGCUAUUACGAGUCCGGAUUCGGAGUUGUUCGCCAAACGGGCCAGACGGCCGUGAUCAUCCACGACGGAUUCACCAACCCAUCUUCCUGGAACGGAGUCCUGACGGGCCAGGGCAGCGGCGGGGCCAUCGUCGACCACCACGAGUACCAAGUCUUCACCGACGCCGAGGUCGCCCUGACGCCCGAGCAGCACGUCUCGUACGUCUACACCUCGGCCAGCUCGUGGGCGCAGGGCCAGGACAAGUUUGUCAUCUGCGGCGAGUGGACGGCCGCCAUGACCGACUGCGCCCCGGCCAUCAACGGCUACGGCAUCGGCGCCCGCUACGACGGCACCUACCCCAGCUCCGCCUACGUCGGCUCCUGCGCCAACAUCAACUUCAUCGACCAGUGGUCCGACUACAACAAGUCGUCCACCACAGACUACAUCCGCGCCCAGCUCGACGUCUACGAGAACCAGAUCCAGGGCUGGUUCUUCUGGAACUUCAAGACCGAGGCCGCCGCCGAGUGGGACCUGUUUCGGCUCAUCGAUGCUGGCGUCUGGCCUGCCCUCAGCUGA